ACAGCAUCGGCUGUCUGCAUUGUAACGUAGGAAAACGCUUUCUGGGGGUUCGACGGGAUAUUUCAAAGGAAAUAUGUCGGAUUACUUAAGAUCCGCCUUAGGAUACUUAAAUGGAGCUACAAAUAGUAAUGAAUACGUUGGACAAGUACUGGAAAUCAACAAUGUGAAAUUACGCGUGACCAGGCUACUCGCCGAGGGUGGUUGGGCUUUAGUGUUUGCAGUUGAAGAUAUAAAUACAGGAAAAGAAUAUGCACUGAAAAAACUCAUAGCAAUUGAUGAUGAUACCAAUGAAAAUAUCAUACAAGAAAUAAAAACUUUAAAAAGACUAUCCAACCACCCAAACAUAAUUCAAUAUCUCUAUGCUCACCGUUUGGAACGUGAAGAUCGCAAAGGACAUGAAUAUUUAUUAGUUACAGAAUUAUGUCCUGGAGGUACAGUAGCAGAUAUGCUCAGAAGUUUAUCAACGAAUACUCUAAGUCUUGCCCAAAUUUGUAAGAUAGCCUACCAGGCUACAAGGGCUGUACAUCAUAUGCACAGCCAGCAACCUGAACCUUUAGUACACAGGGAUAUAAAAUUAGAAAAUUUCUUAAUUGGAAGUGAUGGUCUGAUCAAACUCUGUGACUUUGGUAGCACUUCCAACCAACAGAUCUUGCCAAACCCAUCCUGGAAUGCUCAAAAACGUGCUACUUUGGAGGAUCAGAUGGCAAAAUACACUACACCCAUGUAUCGAGCUCCAGAAAUGAUGGAUACAUGGAACAAUGAACCUAUUGGUCCUCCAGUUGAUUGUUGGGCACUUGGUUGUAUUAUAUACUCCUUGAUAACUCUUAAGCAUCCAUUUCCUGAAGGUAAUAAACUUGCAAUAGUUAAUGGCAAGUAUCCUCCACUUCCACCAAAUCCUCGUUUAGCCUGCCUACACGAUAUAGUAAAAGGAUGCUUGGAAGUGUCUCCAGUGCGAAGAUUGACUACAUCUAUGAUUUUAGAACGUUUAGCGGCGAUAGCUGAAUCGAACAACUUUGAUCCCAGAGAACCCUCGAAAGUAGAAGUUUCAUCAAAAACUCCACCACCCCCCAGACCCGCCCAACCACCCAAUACACCCACUCCACCACCGAGACCAUCUCCUCCAAUUAACGUACCUCCUCCAAGACCUGUACCGGUUCAGACGGCUGUUGCCAAGGUUCCUGUAGCUCAAACGACAGGCCUACUUAGCUCGUUGAAAGGCGGUGCUGGAAGUAUUCUACGGAACUUAAAGGAUACUUCGAGUAAAGUGAUGUACUCUAUGCAACAGAGCAUGGCCAGAACUGAAUUAGACAUCAGUUACUUAACGUCACGUAUAUUAAUCAUGCCCUAUCCGGCAGAUGGAAUAGAAUCUGCCUACAGGGCUAACCAUGUAGAGGACGUAAGAGCAUUUUUACAAGCUCGACAUCCUCCACCAGCUCGUAUACAAUUGUAUAAUUUAUCUCGGGGACGACUGAACGUGUCUAGACUUCCUGGUAGACAUAUUGAUUGUUCAUUUGCUUAUGCUUCCUCGGAUUCUAAUGCCCCAUUAUUAUCGGCCCUGUAUCAAAUAUGUCAAGAUAUAUAUCGAUAUUUGAACGCCGAUUUUAACCACAUUGUAGUGUUGUAUUGCAAUGAUGGGUACAGAGCUAGCGCCACAAUUGCAUGUACUUUAUUAGUUUAUGCUAGGGCGUUCACUACUCCUGAAGAGGCUAUAGCGAUGUUCACAACGAGGCGACAGCCUCCCCAACUUCAGCCCUCAGAACUACGCAGUAUUAGUUAUAUGAGCUUUCUGAGUACCGGCGUACAACCUCAUACGAAGCCCUUAGCACUUCGUUCCUUAGUAAUUAAACCUGUUCCAUUAUUUACUAGGGCAAAAGACGGUUGUAGACCAUACGUUGACAUUUAUAGCAACGGAGCUUUAGUAUUUUCUACUAAACGACCAGAAUACGAAGAUAUAAAACUGUUUGGAAUGAUGAAAGGAAAGGUUUCAUUGGCACUUGGUAAUGCUACAGUUAGGGGAGAUGUUACUUUAAUUAUAUUCCAUGCCAGGCAGCAAUUAGGCCGCAUGAUUGGGAUCAAAAUUGCCUCUGUUCAUUUUCAUACGGGAUAUAUACCGCUUAACAAAUCUGCUUUAACAUUUAAGAAGAAGGAUCUGGACGAUGCACCUGAAAUUGGUGGAAAUUUCAGUGUUAUUUUGAAUAUUAUAGUGUCUGAGGAGAACUCGAAAAUGGCUAGAGUUCCAGCUCCUUGGGAGGCAGAAUUAUCCUUGAAACUAGAACCAGAUCCACUGUUCGGAUCUACUUUGGAAAUGGAGGAAACUUUAGAAAGUUUCAAAAUUGCUAAACCAGAAGAGAUUCAAAAGGAAGCAAUGACUUCCUCUUCGCCAACUGAAACACAGACUAGUGUUAAUGUACAACAAGAAAUACCUCAACAACCAGUAGAGGAUGUAGAAGAGGAGGUAAAAGAAGAAAACAAACUACAAGAAGCAGAUUUAUUGAAUUUAGGAAUGCCAGACACCAGUACCUUAAAUGAUACUCCACAGGCUGCAGUGAACCCGGGAUUAGAUAUUUUUUCUAACUCUAGUCAAAAAGAAAGUGAUCUCUUAGGAGGUUUCGGUGUUUUUAUUCAGCAAGAAGCGAAAAACGCCGUGCCUACUAUUACCAAUCCUGCCCAAAAUGAUUUACUUUUCGGACACGAUCAACCUACUACUACAAACGAUAAUAGUAAUAAUAAUCUGAAUGAUUUAUUCUUCAAUCAGAACCAAUCCACUACCAAACAAAAUCUGGACGAUUUGUUUGAUCCAUUUGGUGGAAAUACUGCGAAUAAUCUCUUAGGAAAUAUGCAAAGUUCUAAAUCGAGUACUAUGAAACCUCCAACUGAGGAAAAUUUUCCAAGAAAUUCAAGCGUUCCAAAUUUCGCCGCUCAAAAUAAGGAUCCCUUCGCAAACCUUGCCAGCUCACUGGGGGCUGGACUAACAUCCAGCUGGAAUGGUACACCCAGAAACUCUAAUACUCCACAGUCUGCUAGUCCCGCACCGGCUAGCACGCCAAUCCACUCGAGUCCUAAUACGCACAAAAACACAACUAACGAGACUAAUACUGCGGAUAGUAGUACAUCAGGCAAUAAAACAAAUAAAUCAAGCGGAGAUGCUUUCGAAGAUCUAUUAGGUAGUCAAGGUUAUAAUUUCUUCAGUUCGAGGAAAGCAGAAAAAGAUAGCCCGAAGACAAUAAAUCAAAUGAGAAAAGUGGAAGCUGCCAAGAAUAUGGAUCCGGAUAGAUACAAAAUUGCUGAGUGGACGGAGGGAAAGAAGGGUAAUUUAAGGGCUCUUCUUUGCUCGUUACAUACAGUUUUGUGGCCGGAAGCUGACAGGUGGCAACGAUGCGAGAUGCAUCAGUUAGUUACUACUGCGGAUGUGAAGAAAGCUUAUAGAAAAGCUUGUUUAGCUGUUCAUCCAGAUAAGCAAGCGGGAACGGCUAACGAAAAUAUUGCAAAAUUAAUUUUCAUGGAACUGAAUAAUGCGUGGAGUACAUUUGAGAACGACGUAUCGCAACAAAAUUUAUUUAGUUAAUUAUUCUGUUAUUAUAACUGUUAAACACUUGUUAUGUCCACGAGUUAAGGUAGUUCCUAGUGGAAAGAGACCCGAGAAUAUUAUUAAUUAUUAUUAAUUGUACUAUUAAUUGUAAGAUAAUUCUCCGUGUUACAUUCCAGCUAAUUUUAUCUUAGCUGUAGUAAAAAUGGAAAGAAAUAAGUAAAGAUUAUAGCGAAUGCAAAUUUUCGAAAGCUGCAUUUGAAUGGCUACCUGUGUACAUGCAUCUCUUUAUCAUAUAAAAAAAGCCUUGUAAGAUCACUUAAGAAAAAAACUGUAUUAAGCGGCAUAACGUAUAUAUGUAUAUAAGGCAAAAUGUAAAUUAUGGAAGAUUCCAAAUAUAUAAAGAUAUUU